GAUGACAGGACAGUACAGCGCGUGGCCCAGUUUUGUUGUCUGAGAUCGAGUGUCGCACGGCGAGGGAAGUCACCCGUAUCGUUCAACAGGAGUAACGAGCUGGUUGACGUCUUGGAAGGUCUGACUAUGAAAGUGGAAGCUGACCCAGGCGUGUAGGUUAGUACGUUGAGUAGGAUGUUCGAUCAGGUGCAAAAUGGAAGAGCAGAAGGAGGGCGGAAGGACGACGGCGAAAAGGGAGGGCGAAAGGGAGAGUGGAAAGAGAGCGGAAGGGAGGACGGCAAAAAUGGAGGAGAGGGGAAGGAGGUCGGAAGUGAGGGCGAAAGGGAGGGCGACGAAAGCGAGGGCGGCGAACAGAAAGGGGGGAAGGGAGAGCGAUAUCAGGAAAGAGUUGUGGGGAGCUAAGCAAACUCCAUGGGUUGAUGCAAGACCGCCGCCCGGGGUUUGACG